AUGGAGACCUUCCUUCAGCCGCGAUCCGAUGUCGAGAACCGUGGGCCUCUGUUGCUGAUCAUCAAUUGCACGGUGACAGGCUUUGCCGCGAUCAUUGUGGGUCUUCGUACGAUUUCGAGGGUCUUCAUUGUGAAAAAGUUUGGACUGGACGACUGGACCAUGGUAGCAGCCACGAUUUUUGCAGUUUUAAACGUGAUGGUUGCCGGGUUUGGAGUGAGGUUCGAUACGUGA